CAUCAAAUGAUAAUAUUUUAGAUGGUAUUGAAAAUUAUGACCUUCACCCAAAUAAUAUUGCGCAAAAGAUUUCUUUUGGGUGGUACGAAGGAAUCCUUAAUCAUUAUGGAGACCACCAGGUUAAAGUUGUCUCUAGCAUGGGCAAGAAAUCGUGUGGAAAAUCUUACAUGUUAAAUCACCUGGUGGGAACUACAUUUGAUGGAUCCUCGAUGGUAGGGUAG